AUGGUCCGCAACAUCGUCCUACUUGGCGGCAACUCCCACCCCGAGCUCACCGAUAACAUUGGCAAUAUUCUCUGCAUACCGCCAGGCAAUCGUGUUCUCAGCAAAUUCUCGGGUGGUGAAAGCCGCUGCGAGAUUCAGGACUCGGUUCGUGGCAAGGAUGUCUACAUCGUCCAGUCCGGUUCCGGCAACGUCAAUGACAACCUCAUUGACCUCUGCAUAAUGAUCUCAGCUUGCAAAACUGGUUCCGCUAAACGUGUCACUGCCGUCGUGCCUCUGUUUCCCUACUCUCGCCAGCCUGACUGGCCCUACAACAAGGCCGGUGCCCCUCUCUCGCGCUCCCACGAGAAUGGCCCUAAGCAGGACUACACGUUCGAGAGCGUGCCUGCUACACCGCGACCGGGAGGUCCCAAGAGCAGCGGCCUCAAUAAUGGCGUUCACAGCCUUGCCGAGAAGCUUGCCAAGAACAGCAUCUCGCAGGAAAAGCCUGAUAACGUGGACAGCUUCACCCCCUCCAAGCGCGCCGACAGCGCUGCCAGCUUGACCUCCCAUGCCCGCGGACACACCGCCGAGGGCUCCGUCUCCUCGCAGCGUAGUUUCACCACCCAUGACUACGAGAAGCCUAGCAAUGUCCCGUCUUUUCACGCCAAGCCCGGGUAUAAGCAAUGGGUUGCCCAGGCUGGUACGCUUGUCGCCGACCUGCUUACCUGCGCUGGCGCUGAUCACAUCAUCACCAUGGAUCUCCACGAUCCUCAAUAUCAGGGGUUCUUCGAUAUACCUGUCGACAACCUUUACGGAAAGCCCCUACUGCAAAAUUACAUCCGCCAGCACAUACCCGGCUAUAAGGAGGCCGUGGUCGUCUCCCCGGAUGCCGGCGGUGCCAAGCGUGCCACCGCCAUUGCCGACAGUCUCGACAUGGACUUUGCCCUCAUUCACAAGGAACGCCGACCGAUCAAGUUCACCGAGCAACGCAACGCCAGCAUGAUGCUGGUUGGAGACGUUGCCAACCGCAUUUGUAUCCUGGUUGACGAUCUUGGUGACACGGCCAAUACCAUCACUCGCGCUGCCAAGCUGCUCAAGCGCGAAGGCGCCGUCAAGGUAUAUGCCUUGCUGACCCACGGUGUCUUCAGCGGCGAUGCCAUUGCGCGCAUCAACGCCUCGGCCAUUGACAAGAUUCUCGUCACCAACUCGGUGCCUCAAUCUGAGCACUGCCGUCUCUGCCCUAAGCUCGAGGUAUUGGACAUUAGCGCCGUGUUCGCCGAAGCUAUUCGCCGUGUCCACCACGGCGAGUCCAUCAGCGUUUUAUUCCAGCACGACUAA